AAUGGCUAAUUUGGAGAGACUGACUGAACGUCUGGAACGUGCAGUUGGGCAGCUUGAAAAAACAGUUUCGAAGUCUGGACCAGAAAGAAUGCGAUUUGGUGAUCCUGCUCACUCCAUGGAAGCAGGUGGUGUUUCUCCCUUCGUGGAAGCCUUUGAUGCCUUUCUCUCAGGACCAGUGGAACAGUACUGCUCCCAGAGUCAGGAAAUAGGGGGCGAUGCCCAAAAACAUGCUGAGAUGGUCAAGGCGGCUCUUAAUCUGCAGAGACAACUGUUGGUCACUGCAUCUCGAUGCCAGAAGCCAUCCGAUAAUGAACUUGCUGUCCUUCUGCAGCCCAUAUCUUCCAAAGUUCAAGAAGUGCAAGAAUUCCGUGAAAAUAAUCGGGGAAGCAAACAAUUUAAUCACCUGUCUGCCAUCAGUGAAAGUCUUCCUGCACUCGGCUGGGUCACAAUGAGCCCCAAACCUGGUCUCUUUGUAAAGGAAAUGAAAGAUGCAGCCAUAUUCUACACAAAUCGCGUCCUUAAGGACUUCAAGGACACGGAUAAAAAGCAAGUUGAGUGGGUGAAGUCAUAUCUGAACAUCUGGUCAGAACUCCAAGCCUACAUUAAAGAAUAUCACCCCACUGGACUAACUUGGAGCAAAACGGGCCCAAAGGUGUCUGUCCCAUGCCUCCCCACAACACCUGAGGUUCCCCCAGUGAAGCGAAGUGUGGCUUCAUCCCCUUGGCAAAGAUUUACCCCUCGUUUCACCCUCCCAAAGUACCCUGUGGAUCCCACUGCCCGCACUGCUCUCUUUGCAGAGAUCAACCAGGGGGCAAAUAUCACAAAAGUUUUGAGGCAUGUAUCAGAUGACCAGAAACCCAAUAAGAAUCCCGUCCUAAAGGCACAGGCUGGUCCAAUGCAUAGUGCAGCUGCUUUCGGCACUACGCUGAAGCCAGUAUCAAGCAGAGCUACUGCCCCCCAAAAAAUGUCGAAAGAGAUGACCAAAUUGCCACCGGUUUUGGAACUGGAUGGAAAGAAGUGGAGAGUGGAGAACCAAGUCGACACCCAGGAGCUCGUAAUCAGUAACACGGAGCUGAAGCAGGUGGUCUAUAUGUUUAAAUGCCACGGUAGCACGCUGCAAAUAAAAGGCAAAAUCAACUCCAUCACACUGGAUAACUGUACAAAGGUGGGCUUGGUUUUUGAUGAUGUUGUUGGGAUAGUGGAUGUGAUCAACUGCAAGGAUACAAAAAUUCAGGUGAUGGGAAAGGUGCCCACUAUCUCAAUCAACAAGACUGAUGGCUGUCACAUAUACCUGAGCAAGGAUUCUACACAGUGUGAGAUCAUCAGUGCCAAGUCAUCUGAGAUGAACAUCUUGGUGCCCGAUGCCCAUGGGGAAUUUGUGGAGAUCCCAGUACCAGAACAAUUCAAGACUGUGUGGAAUGGAAAAAAACUGGUGACUACGGCAACUGAGAUGACUGGCUAAAGAAACAUCUCAAGGCUGCAUGAUACCACCAGAAAACCGAGGCUGACCAUUAGACCACCAUGUUUUAUAAACUGCCCAUCUUCAUAUCUAUACUAUCUAUUUUUAUUUAUUUAUUUAUUUUGCAUUAUUUACCACGUUCAUGACAAUAAAUAAGAGAUUAAUCCAGAUAGGGUUACCAUUUCUCAAAGCUUUUGGCAUAACCGAAGUCUUUUUAGAUUUGGAUGGUUUUCAGAGAUACAGCUGCGCUGCAGCACAAAAAGUGGCCUGCUAGUCUUGGUGCAACGUUUUUUGGGGGACACGGAUGCCCUAUUUGAUUUUUUUUUUUUAAUUCAGAAUCCAACCUUUGAACCUCUGAGGCAUGGAACUGAAGCAGAAACCUUGUCAUCCUUUAAAGUGUAUAUGGAAUAGAUAUUAGGGCAGCUUAGCUAUUAUCUAAACAAAUGCACUUGAUGGACUGAAAAGUCUCUUCUUGCUUGUCAUAUUUCUUAAUGUUUCUUUUUCUAAAGGUAAAAAGAAAAACAAAAGUGUUGACUCCUGUGGGUGCACUAGGCGACAUGUAUCUACUAGGUUCCAACUAAAUGAUUUUUCUUUUUUCUCAAAAUUCUAGACCUUUAAGCUAAAAGUUAUACAACAGUACAGUACACUGAGCUUUGCAGUUGUUGAAUCUCGCACAAAAGUACUCCAGAGUCGGAAACAGAAAGUUCUGAUUUUUGAUAGGCUUGCACGCAAUACCAGAAAUAAAGAUA